AUAAUACUAGCACAAAUAACCAGAUAACAUUCGCAUUGGUUCUAUAUACUGUACACUUGACGGUUUUUGCGUGUCUAUAAUCAUCAUCGAGGCAAGUCGAGACGCCGUGUGGGGUUUAAGAGUUCAGUCGCGGCUCUUGUUUUCGUGUAAGGCCUACCCGAGAAGGAUCUGAACUUCAUAGGAUAUUAGCUGCGGUGAUUCGUGUAAAUUCAGCAAUGUCUCACAGUUAUUGGGCUGGGGGUGUUUGCACAAGCAAAGCCUCGAUGGUAGGGAAGACAGUCAUCAUUACAGGGGCAAACAGUGGUAUCGGCAAGGAGUCAGCCUUGGACAUUGCAAGGCGAGGGGCCAGGGUGAUCAUGGCCUGUCGUAACACAGAUGAGGGGGAAAAAGUAGCCACUGAGAUUAAAGAGAAGACAGGGAGCACUAAAAUUGAAGUUAGAAAACUCGAUUUGGCGUCCCUGGCGUCUGUUCGGACAUUUGCAGAGGAGAUCAAAAGAACCGAGAACAGGUUGGAUGUGUUGUUGAAUAACGCAGGAGUGAUGAUGUGUCCCCCGAUGAAAACCGCUGACGGUUUUGAGAUGCAGCUCGGCACCAACCAUCUCGGCCAUUUCUUGUUGACGAACCUCCUUUUAGACUUGCUCAAGUCAUCUGCACCGAGCAGAAUCGUCAAUGUGUCAUCACGUGCUUAUCUUAGGGGGAAAAUCAACUUUGAUGACUUGAUGUUCGAGAAGAAAUACAAUUCAUCGGCAGUGUACAGCCAGAGUAAACUUGCCAAUAUUUACUUUACGACAGAACUCGCCAAAAGACUAGAAGGAACUGGCGUCACAGCAAAUUGCUUACACCCUGGUGUCAUCGACACCAAUCUGUUGAGACAUUUCACCGGAGCAGGCUGGAAGGCUUUAUCGGUCAUGGCCUCCCCCCUCACCAAGCUCAUGAUGAAAACUCCGCAAGAGGGCGCACAAACAAACAUCUUCUUGUCGGUCUCUGAAGAAGUGGAAGGUGUCACGGGGAAAUAUUUCGCAGACUGCAAAGAGGUGCAGCUCCUGCCUCACGCGACGGACGACGAAGUCGGGCAAAAGUUAUGGGAAGUUAGUGAGAAGUUGGUUGGACUAUAAACGUGAUAAAUGCUAGGAUUUAUAAUGUUACGCCUAAUAUAUAGGUAUCACUGAGCCCGAUCUCGGCGAGGAAGUCUGAGGAAUGGCAUGAGCCCGCCGGCCCUGUAGAGAAAGAUCAGGGAAUUUGCUUCGAUUUUACGGUAUACGAUGUCGUAUAAAUGUGUUUGGUAUCCUCUAGCAAAUGACCAAAGCAUUCAUUGAAAGAUUCUGCUCUAGCUAUGAAAAUUAAUCCGUCAAUGAAAAACUCAUAUGAUAGGACUAAUUCUCUGAGGAGCUAUAUGGCCAGCUACACCGAAUGGGGCGAGAAAGAUUGGUGCCACUUGUCAGGUUUGAUAAAAAUGGCCGGUGAAAUUGAUGCAUGACGAAGUACAUGUAUAUUUCCUUGUAUUGUAAAAAAGAAGAUUUUAACUGAA